AUGUCCACCAUUGCCUCACCCCGCGAACCGUCGCUCGCCCGCCGCGUCUCGGCACAACAGCACACUCCGACGUCCUCGACCAGACCCUCCCUCGAUGUCCCGCGCUCCCUAACUAGCUCGCCGAAUCCAGGGUCCGCUGCUACAUUUGGUAAUGGCCUCGGAGGACCGCCGGCACUAGGUUCCUCGAAGCGCGCGAACCGGGCCGCCCUCCGCGAGUACUACAACCUUAAAAAGACGGCGGGUGGCGGUGCUCCCUCGCUCGAGGUGACCGAGGACGCAUCCGACCGCGGAGGUUUUGCGGAACAAUCCGAAGUCCCGCCCAGCGAGCUAGACAGCCCAUCCUUCGACGCCGAUGCGUACGUGCGGAAGGCGCUGGCGGAAAACUCGCUCGAUGAUCUGUUGCGGGUAUACACGCGGGUGCUGGGGGAGAUCCGGGCGCUUGAUGCGGAGAAGAAGGCGUUGGUAUAUGACAACUAUUCGAAGCUCAUCUCCGCGACAGAAACGAUCAGAAAGAUGCGUGCGAACAUGGACCCUCUGAACCCUAUGGCCUCGACACUCGACCCGGCAAUCGCGGGAAUCUACGCCCAGGCCAGCUCGAUCCGCGAUUCUCUGCGCAAGACCGUCGCGCCGCCUGAUUCUGAGCAGCGGGAGGAUGAGGUGGCUGCGGCGAGGCGGCGGAGGACAAGGCAGCUCGCCAAGGAGGUGCUGGGCACGCCGGAGAAGCUGAGGGCGCUAAUGGCGCAGGGCAAAGUUGAAGAGGCGAAAAAGGAGUGGGAGAUGCCGCGGCGGCUACUUGAGGUUUGGAAGGAGAAGGGGGUCGGUGGGAAAGACGUGGACGAGUGUCUCGAGGAAGGUGAUGCGGCGAUCAGAGGCACAGGAGAGGGCAGCGUGCGAACAUCCAAGGAUAGUCGCAGGUCCUGA